AUGUCCAUCUGCUCCAGCAACAGAAGCUAUGGCAGCCGGGUCUGCAUGCCCAGUGCUUGCACUGAGUCCUACUGCGAGGUGGACAACUGUCCUGAGAGCUGCUGUGAGCCCUCCUGCUGCCACUGUGUCCCCACCUGUCAGUCCACCUGCUGUGCUCCAACCUCCUGCCUGACCCUCAUGUGCAGCCCCGUGAGCUGUGGGUCCAGUGCCUGCCAAUCAGGCUGCACUGCCUCCUGUGGGCCCUCCUGCUGCCAGCCUGUGUGCUGCUCAUCCUCCCCCUGCUGUGUGCCUGUCUGCUGCAAGCCCAUGUGCUGUACACCUGUCUGUUGUACACCUGUCUGCUGCAAGCCUGUCUGUUGUACACCUGUUUGCUGCAAGUCGGUCUGUUGUACACCCAUAUGCUGUGGGGCUUCCCCCUGCCCAUCUUCCUCUUGCUGCCAGCCUUCUUGUGCCCCCUUGUGCUGCAAACCCUCCUCCUGCAUGUCCCUCAUCUGCCAACCCAUGUGCAAGCCUGCCUGCUGUGCCUCUUCAUACUCCUGCUGUGGCUCCACCUCUUGCUGUCAGCCUAGCUGCUGCCAUCCAACCUCCUGUGUGACCAUCGUCUGCCGUCCUGCAUGCUCCCGUCCAGCCUGCUGUGACUCCUCAUGCGGCCAGAAGGGCUGCUGCUGA